AUGUCAGAAGCUAAAACUCUUCUGAGGAACAAGGGUACCCAACGGUUUCGGAAAUCUUUGCCUUCCUGUGAAGGGGGGAAGAUGAGUCCUGAGCAGAAAGCACGCUACUUGGCCUUUGCCGAUCCCAGUAAGCCAGACGUGAAGACCAUGCUGGCCGCAGCUCUUAUGAAAGAGAGGAAGGCCCUGGAUGAUCAUCAAAGAGAGCUGGACGAUAAAAACCUCAUUGGGGUUCUCAAGGCCUCGGAAGCUCGGAACCGCCUUCGAAACACAAGGCUCCAGUACCAGAAUUUGAGAGCACAAGAGAUCAACUUCUUGAUCUCCUUCCAGAGGAACGCAAAAGGCGCAGUGAGAUUAGAAGUCUUCCUCCCACCCAGGAAGAACAUUGCAAAAUUAUCUGACUGCAUGAACACCAUUCAGCGGAGCCGGAUUGAAGAGAUACUGGAAGAUGAAAGCGGUGAGAUCUAUAUCCGGAGGCCAUGA